AUGUCAUUUGUAGAAUCGAGCGUCACCGCAGGGAACGAGGCACUCGGCAUUGCCAUUCUUCCCACGUCCCUGGCCCGCCCGCUCGAUCAGCCUGGUCCGCCAGCCGAGAAGCUCCACGUCCUCGUCCUGGUCCCUGUGGCCGUCCCCUUCUCCGUCCCCGCCACUGCCGCCCUGUCGACUCGCACCAGCGUCACGCUACUCCAGCGUUCGCCAACACAUAUCAUGUCCCUCACCCACUCGGUGCCCCGUAUCAUCGGCAACUACGCCCCGGAUGCCGACCUAAACCGGCCUGACCUUGAGGAGCAGGACCGCCUGUUCUUCGCCACCCCAACCGGCCCCGGAGAGGAGCUCUCCAGGCGCAACGCCAAGGUCCUCGAGGACCUGGACCGGCCCUUUCUCGAGGGAUUGAACGCCCGCGGCCUCCGCACGUGGCGCGGCCAGCGCGGCACCGGCGGAGCGACCCUGGGCCAGACCCGCAACGGCGGCUUCUACUUCGACGCGGGAGCCUGCGAGCACAUCAUCAACGGGAAUACCAAGGUCGAGCCGGGCUACAUCGAGCGCUUCACCGAGGACAAGGUCGUCCUCGACGGCGGCCGGGAGCGCGAGUUCGACCUGGUCGUCUUCGCCACCGGGUUCACAAACACCAUCGACUCUGUCCGCUCCACCCUUGGCGACAAGAUAGCCGACCAGUGUGGUCCCAUCCGGGGCAUUGACGAGGAGGGCGAGUUCAAGACCGCGUACCGGGAGACCGGGGUGCCUGAUCUCUGGCUCAUGGUUGGCUACCUCCCUUAUACGCGCUAUCAUUCCAAGCUGCUUGCUGCGCGCUUGAAGGCUUUGAAGGAGGGUGUGGCUUCAGCUCCCUAUACGACAUAG